AUGGAAAACUUAUCAGCCUUUACUGAAUUUUAUUUACAACCACUUGCUCAAAAAUUACCAUCGUUUAUUAAGGACACCACUGAUCUUCUUAACAAAAUAGAACAUCUUAACACAAGUGGUCCCUUUCCAACUGGCACCUUACUGGUCUCGUGGGACAUGGUUUCAAUGUUUCCUAACAUUGACAACAAACUCGGCCUCUUUGCAUUCAGGAAGGCUUUGAAUGCUAGAGAAAACAUAUUUCCAUCCACAACUUGUAUUUUAGAAGCUAUAAAAAUUUGUUUGAAAAGCAACCAUUCUGUUUUUAAAGAGAAUUUCUUUCUUCAAAUCCAUGGCACAGUUAUGGGUCCCAAAAAUGCUUAG